CGAAUUACAUAAAGCAUGCACCUCUUCUAUCUGUAAUGCAGUCUUCCCUAUUUCCCACCCUCGUCAUACUUUCACUCCUAGUCGCGAUCACUUUUCUAAGACCCAUCCACGCACAGGACGAAAUAGAUCAAGAGGACGAUGCCGCAGAUAGUUUUGCGGAUGACAUUGACAUCGAAGAAUCCCCCAGAUACAAGAGAUUGUCGAACGUGGGGAUUAAUUUAAAACCAUUGGAAUUCAUAAAGAAGGACGACGAUGAGAUUGAAAACGCACGUAUCAAGAAGGUUGCUCCACAAGACGAUGGGGACUCAUUCCGUUCUGAUCCUGGAAUGGCAGGCUUAAAUCAAGACGACGAUGACGAUUUGGGCUUAUCAGGCAAAAACAGCAAACCUCAAAAAGAUCACAAGGACAAGAUUCACAAGGCAAACGAUCUAUCCACUGUACCACAAGGUCUUGGCGAAUCAUGCAAUUCCCAUAACGCCGAACGGAUCACAAACUAUCUCGAAAAUGUUGACCAGAGUGAUGACCAGGCAGCUUUGGACGGUGUGAUGGAUCUAGUGUCCGGUCCGCCGGAUAAAAGCUUUUGUGAUUAUAGGCAAUUCCUCACGUGCAGAAAUGAAAUUUGCGAGUAUUGGACUUCAGGUGUGAUCGAAAAAAUACCAGUUGGUUCCAAAACAACAUAUAUUAUAGAAUCUGGUCAAAAUUGCGGAGGCAUAUCAUAUCCCAAGUAUUUCGAUACUCGUGUUCAACUGCAAUGUAUAAACGAAGAUGGGACAUAUUGUUCAAAAUCAACUCCAAAAAUCUGUCCAUGCAGUAAAACUGACCCAAAUUGUGCCCAGACCAAUGAAGUAGCUCGUCCAAAGUCAAAACCUCAUAAAAAGAAACAUGAAGAGUCGAUGCAAGCUGAUUACAGGGGUUAUGGACCCUCGUCGUAUGGUCAAAGAUGCACGCAAUUUUACGCAUGUUCCUCCGUCGAUCACAUGACCUGUCAGCCCGACCAUUUUUCCAUGCGAGUGGCCCAGAUUCAACAGGACUCCUUUGCGGACCAGGACCAUCUUGCCUUCCACGAUUACGACGCUUCCGCCCAGAUUCAAGAGGACGAAGACUACGAAGCUCAAAUGAGAGGCCUGUACCAACAAGCCCCCAAGAAACACUUCCGCUGUCGGUGUGACACCGGAUGGGCCCCGUACAUACAAUCGAAUGGCUUCAUAUCGUGCAAAGUUGCGGCAGGGCACCAAUGUGAAAACAGUACGUACUGUGCAUCUCAUCACUGCAUCGGACACAAGUGCAAUCUCCCCAAUAAAUUCCUAUUUUUCAUCAAUAUCAACGAUCAUUUACUGGUGACGAAACCAAAUGGGGGUGGAACAGGGCUCUCAGCAAAUGUCGAUUCGGGUGCAGUACACGAUAAACCUUUGAAGCUUUUGAUGUCGUUAUUCAUACCGAUUGUAGAAUUACAGAUGUUUUGGUACAUUUUUUGGGACCAAGAAUAGUCAUUUAAUAAUAUUGCAAACAAUUGCCAUGAUAAGAAUAACAUUUUUUAUAGUAUCCAGCGAAUAAUAAAACUGACAUCAGGGGUAUGAGAAUUUGCAAAA